GGUCCGAUUCCUAAGCACGUCGCCAUCGUGAUGGACGGAAACAGGCGGUUCGCCGAGACCCGAGGACUACGGAAGGAGAGCGGGCACGAGUUCGGAGCCGAGAAGCUGCUCGAGGUGCUCGAGUGGUCCCUCGCGCUGGGCGUCGAGUGCCUCAGCGUCUACGCCUUCAGCACCGACAACUUCAAGCGAUCGGAGACGGAGGUGGACGUCCUCUUUCAACUCGCCGAGCGGAGGCUGGACGAGAUGGCGACGUCCCGCGUGAUUCACGACCGAAACGUCCGCGUGCAGGUGCUCGGCGAGCUGCACAUGCUGCCGCCCGGGGUGCGAAGGGCCGCGGCGCGCGUCAUGGCGGCCACCGCGGCGCACAGCGAUGGACCGGUGCUCAACGUGUGCUUCGCGUACACGGGACGAGAGGAUGUUUGUUUGGCGGUGGGCGCCAUGGCGAGGGGCGUUGGGGAGGGAACCCUGGACCCCGUGGACGACGUGACGGAACGGCCGUCGGAUGAAACGGGACGCAAACCGGGGGCGCCGCCGGUGGACCUGCUCAUCCGCACGAGCGGCGAGACGCGUCUGUCGGACUUUAUGCUGUGGGGGAUAUCGGGCCACGCCGUGUUGUGCUUCCAGGAGGUGCUCUGGCCGGAUUUUUCCUUCACCGACAUGUGCUACGCGGUGUGGACGUAUCAGAGGUCGGCGGAGCACUCGCGCGGCGGCAGAGCGAGGUACGAAGCCGCGAGGGCCGACGCCGAGGCUGAGCGACGCGAUCGACGAUCCGUGGAGGCCGAGCGGGCGGCG